AUGAUCUUCAGUACAGACAAUGAUAAGCUACACAAGGAUAGCCAGAGCUAUUCAGAUCUUCUCGACGAUGGCCUAUUGUCACCAAUGCAAUGCGCUUUACCGUCCUUCGAAAUGACAGUCUCAUCUGCGGUUUCCUACACCUCUCCGCCAGCCCUAAUAUGCUUUGACGAUCCCUUUGAUGAUCCACGCAUGGAGCCUAUUCCUCUUCGACCCCACGCUUUCAAUGAUAAGCAGCAAUUGACAUCUCUCCAAUCAGUGCCGCAUGACGAUGUUUCAUCUUUGUUCGUGACGGAUCAUGACGCAGACGGUCUCCCAUCGUCUGUCGUCCCGCUGAAAAAGCCAUCUGAGACCGAACUUCGACAAGAUCUGCUCGACAUUAUGGAACCCAUCAUCUUCAACCAAGGGGAAUCCAAACGAAGCUUGGAAACCGUUUUCUCCGAUUGCGAUCUGGGCCCUUCCAGCGUUAAGCGACAACGGACACACCAUAUGAUGCCACAAGAUACUCCUGCUGAUGCUGGCGGAGACGAAUGUACAGCUCGCUUUCGCCCGUAUCAAGAAACGCAGUGGCAAAAUCAGUUCCAAAAGCUCGUCCAAUACAAGCUUAAGUACGGGCACUGCUCUGUGCCUCACUCCUGCAAAGACGACCCCAUCCUUGCUCGAUGGGUCAAGAGGCAAAGGUAUCAGUACAAGAAAUUCUGCGAUCGCAAUCCCACGUCCACGAUGACCAGCCGUCGUAUUCAAGGACUUGAAUCGCUUGGUUUUGUGUGGAAAUCGCAUGCCUCGGCAUGGGAAGAAAAGCUCAACGAGCUCAAGGCCUUCAAGCAACAGCGAGGCCACUGUAACGUUCCGGCUCACCAUCCAGAUAACACUGCACUAUCCACCUGGGUAAAGUCUCAGCGUCGCCAAUUUAAGCUUUUCAUGUCUGGGGCCUCAACAAACAUGACGAAGGAACGCCUCCAAGUGCUUCAAUCCAUGGAUUUCGUCUUCGAUGCCUCAAACCACAAGACAUCCGGAACGUUCUAA